AUGUCCUUAAACUACAUCAAGAACUUCUAUGAGGGAUGCCUCCGGCCUCCAACUGUGAUUGGUCAAUUCCACACCCUGUUUUUUGGCUCUGUGCGCAUGUUCUUCCUGGGUGUUCUGGGAUUUGCAGUUUAUGGGAAUGAGGCCCUUCACUUUAGCUGUGACCCCGACAGAAGAGAGAUCAACCUCUUCUGUUACAAUCAGUUCAGACCUGUAACGCCUCAGGUGUUUUGGGCCCUGCAGCUAGUGACGGUUCUUGUUCCAGGGGCUGUGUUUCAUCUGUAUGCCGCCUAUAAAAACAUAAAUCAAGAGGAUAUUCUAGAAAAACCAAAGUACACAGUGUUCUACAUCAUUUCUGUACUAUUACGAAUUGUCCUGGAGAUGGCAGCAUUCUGGCUCCAGAGUCGCCUCUUUGGAUUCCUGGUUCAUCCUCUGUACUUCUGUGACGCCAGUUCACUGGAGAAGACAUUUAACUUCACCAAGUGUAUGGUACCGGAGCACUUUGAAAAGACCAUCUUCCUCAGUGCAAUGUACAUUUUCACCAUUAUCACCUUGAUUCUGUGUAUGGCUGAGAUUUUUGAAAUCCUCUGCAGAAGGCUGGGCUAUUUAACAAAUCAAUCACAAUCGUAAACUUGAGAAUAACAGACAAAAGAAUGCAAAUGUAAAAGAAUCAUUUUCAUUUAAUCAAAUAUGAUUGCAUGGCAUCCAUCCAGGUGUUUACAUUAUUCUCUACCUCACUGUGAAUAAAACACUGUGAGAUGCAGAAAUAAGUGUUUGUAAAUAUUUUGCACUAUAAUAAUCGACUCACUUUACUAUUAUUAUGAUUCUCUAACAUAAUCAGUGCUUAUGCUGACUGUUGUUUUUUAACACUUUUUUCAUUAAACUUUAUUGUAUUAUGUAUUAUUGUAGCUGUAUGUUUCAUUACAAACAUUAAAUUUCAUUAACCUCUCAUGACCACAUAUUAUGGAGUCUUAAAUUCAUUAGAACAUUCACAAGUAAACUUUCACUGAAAUUAUUAUAUAAUAAUAUUAUAUUAUAUUAUACAAUAAAGAUUCAUUAGUUAACAAGUAUUUAUUAAUUUUAGUUAUUUAUAAUUUCAACAUUUAAUACAUUAUUAAGAUCAAAAGUUGUAUUUGUUAACAUUAGUUUAGCACAAAGAUGAAUAAAUACUGUAUCAAAUGUAUUGCUCAUUGUUAGUUCAAUGUUAGUGAAUACAUUAACAAAUGAGACCUUAUUGUAAAGUGUUACCAAAAUAAUGCAAAAGGAAGCAUAUGGUAAUGUGUUAAAGUACUGUAUAUGGUAAAGAAGCACAACAUUAAUCUGAAACUGAAAUUUUAAAAAAAAUUAAAUGAAAUUACAUUUCCUUAUUCAUCUGAUUUGUUUAUUAUAAUUAAUAUGAAUAUUGCAUUUUGAGGUAAGAACAUUGUCAACAAGUUUUUAUGAUAGAACUUUAAUUUCAGUUUUUUUUUUUUUCUAAAGGACAUCUUGUAAUCAGAGUAAAACAAAAACAAACAAUUAAAUAAGAAGAAAUCAGCUGCCUUUAUGGGCAAAACAAAAGAAAUAUUCAUGAACUUCUAUAAACGAUGACCAUGUACCAGUCCGUAAGAUAAAUAACAGUUGUAACUUCUAAAAUGCCAUAAAUUCAAACUAGAUACCUCAAAAUCUUUAAUAUGUAAUACUGUAAACAUGACAUGAAAGUUCCUUCAGUAUAAACUCAGUUUAACUUUACCAUCUCAGCAUUUUUAAAUACUCAAACUAUUAAUAUAAAUACCAUAAACUGACUUCUACUUCAUAUGAUAUCAAUAUGUUUAAUAUGAGAUAGCACUUCUUUAAAGACAUUUAAAAUGACUUAGGCUAAAAAUUCAUACAUUCAAACAGUCAGACAAGUUCACCAGACAAAACCCCCUUCAUCUGAUGACAAGAAAACCCUGAAAAAGCAACUAUCCCUUCGAAUAUACCAUUUCAUUUUUGUUUACUUCUACACAAGACACUCUUCAAAAGUAAUUACAGUACAUGAUAGCGAUUAUGUGUGUGUGUUUGUGUAAAUAUGUAUGUGUGUGUAUGAACACGCAAGUAUGUGUGCUUGUAUGUGAACAUAUAACUGACUUAACAGUGACUGGAAUGUUGUGUCAUAUGAUUAAUUCAAUGAAAAAAAAAAAUCAUCUAAAAUGAUUCAAAAGAGCUCCAAUAUUGAUGACACGGCAUUCAGUCUAUCAGCUCGCUAGAAAGUGCUUCAAAUAGUCAUCUUAAUGCACAAUACUUAUCACUUUUUAUAUUAUGAUAUGAUGUCAUACGCAGAUCUAUAUUAAAAAUGCCUUGUAAUGACAUUUCUUUGCUUAAGUGCAGAAAAAUCUAAAGUUAAAAGGAAACGAGGUAUGAUACAUUUAGAAAAAUACUAUACGGUGGAGAAGGUUUAAACAAAAGGGCUGUUUAAAGAAUUUAUAUUCAACACUUUUAGGUUCAUAAUCUUGAACACACAUAAUGCAGUUAAGUUAUAAAGGUGCCAGCAAAAAUAUACAACAGCAUACAAGGCAAUGUCGUAGCACAGCUUAAUGCAAUAUGCAAACGUUAACAUACGUAAUAAGUGCAAUCUCAAAAAGCAACCACAAUACCUCAUAUUAGUUAACCUUAAUGACCACCACUAUUGUUAAGUGCAUAAACAGGGUACAUCAAAUGACUUUCUCUCUUUGAGGGAUAUGCAAACAUCUUCUUAAAAGGCACAAGCAGAAGUCAAUGAAGACGAUGUCAGUAAGAAUUGCGAUCAGUAUUAUACUUGGGACUUGAUGCACUUCCUGUAGGAAUUGUUUGAAUUGUCCUGUGAAACGCAUAUUUGCAAUUAAAAUAGUUUUAAUGAAAUAUUGAUCUAAUAUUUUUGCAUGUAUUGUUGUAAAUACGAAGCUUAUACACAUAGUUAAAAGUGGUAUGGCAGGUAAAGAGAAUAUGGCAUGUGCAUUGAAAUGAACAAAAAAUGCAACAUGUUCUGCAUAUUCUAUGUAUUAUUUGUUUCUGCCUACGUUACCAAAACUCCAAAGAACCUUGGUCAGACUAAGGCCAAAAACACACUCUAAGCAAGUUUGAUUUUGUGCAUAUUUACCUUCCAAAAUGUGACACAAUUUAUAAUGCUGCAAGGGGGCGCUCUGGGUCAUUGUUCUCUUUCAGGUCACCUAUUGAGAAUUUUACUGAGCAAGUUAGUUAAAAUUUGUUAAACUUGGCUUGUUUACAGCAGCUACCUGAAUAAUAACACAUCCAGUUUAAUGGCACAGACACUUAAAGGUAACUCUAUCGCCCUCUUGAGUAUAGAAGUUUGUUACCGCCAGUGCAACACAAGAACGCACGUAAAGUAUGUUCAGCACAACCAUUCACUGAAUACUUGCAUAAAGUAUGUUUCUGGUCUGAGCUUGGAUUU